UACCAGAAAAUAUAUUGAGACCGGAUGCGAUAGCUUUACAAAGAUAUAGAGAAAUUCAAGUAAACAAACUACCAGAAGAACAAAUAAUUAUUGAAGAAGAAGAAGAAUUUAAUCAACAAGAUGUUCUAGAAUGUCCUAUUUGUCAUAUAUCAUUACAUCAAGAUCAGAGAUUGAAUUUGGAACGAGCUAGAAGACGAAUAGAAGAAAGACAAAGAGAUAUGGAUAAUAUUCCACAAAUAAGGGAGGAUAUAGAGGUAAUUGAUAAUGUGCAACAGAUAGUUGUAGGAAAGCAACCACCACCAUUACAACAACAAAAUGAAGAUAGAAAUAUGGAUCCUCAAGAUUUUACAAGAUGUUCUAUUUGUAAUACACCUUUAAGGGAAGCUAUAAAUGGUAAUCCAAAAGUAGUGAGGCUUUGUAAUAAUAAUCGAAGAUAUAUGGCUCAUAUGUAUUGUGCGAUUAGAUGGUAUGAUAGAGAUGCUGUUGACACACAAAGACAAAAUUGUAGAUUGAAUAUUGAGAGACGUGAAAAAGAACAUAUAGAAUUAGCAAGAGAUUUACAUAAUAUUCCACAAUUAGAUAGAGAUAGAGAAGUAAUUGAUAAUCAAUUAGAUGCGCAACAGAUAAAUUUAGACGAUAAUCAAAAUAG